CCCUUUCCACUUCCCAGAACCUGAAGACAAGAAGAUAGCAAAUAUAUAUAGAGAGAGAGCGAAGGAGGAAAAAUAAAAAAAAAAGAAAGGUUUUCUAGAGAGAGAAAGAGAGGAAAAUGGGAAGUGGAGCAGGGAAAUGCAGCACGAUCCGUCACAUUGUGAGGCUGCGGCAGAUGCUGCGGCGGUGGCGGAUGCGGGCGUCAUCGGCGUCGUCGUCGUCGCGGGCGGCGCCGGUGGACGUGCCGGCGGGGCACGUGGCGGUGUGCGUGGGGAGCAGCUCGCGGCGGUUCGUGGUGCGCACGGCGCACCUCAACCACCCCAUCUUCCGGCAGCUCCUCCGGCAGGCCGAGGAAGAGUACGGCUUCUCCUCCCGCCCGGGGCCAAUCGCGCUCCCCUGCGACGAGUCCCUCUUCGAACACAUUCUCCGCCACCUCUCCUCCUCUCCGUCGUCCUCUCGUUUCCUCAGCCUCGAGGACUUCCAGAAGACCUCGCCGGCGUCCUCCUCUUGCUUGUGCUGCUGCUGCUGCCAUGCCGGCCACCGGGGCGGCGCCGGCUGGCAUGCCGCCGAAUCCCUCCCUCUACUGUGCGCCGAGAAGCCCGUUUGGUGACUCUCUGAGGCAUUACAUCAAACACUCUGCGUGUAUCGAGAUUUUUUUUUUUUAAUUUCUUUUUUUUCACUCUCCUCUCUCUAGGAUGGAUGGGAGAUUGUUUGGUGGGCGGACCAGUGGUUGCAUUAGUUCAUAUUUAAUUUUAGUUUUAUUUUUAGCCUUAGUUUUUUAAGAGAAAUUUGCCUCUCCUGAGGAGGUGAAGAGAGAUGGCAAAGAAGCCGAGUCGUCCCUCGUCGAAUCGGAGGAGGAAUCCAAACCAGAAGAAGAGGAGGAGGAGGAAGAGGGAGAGAGCUUGGUUGAUCUCUCUUUGUAAAUAAUAAUGUGAUUAUCUCUAAUGAAUUAUUAUUAACAUAACCAGUUGCAUCUUAA